AUGUCCUUAGAAGAUUUAAGAAGAAAAAAACUGGUCGAUUUGUCAUCAAGCCCUUUUCAGCAAACCAAAUUCAUUAGAACUAAUAGUGUUGGAGAAAUUGUUCAAUUAUUUUCUCAAUUCAACAAGGAAGAAUUAGUGAAAAAAAGUCAAAAAGCCAGUAUUGCGGGAAGAAUAUUGAGAAUAAGGAGUUUUGGCAAUUUAGUUUUUGCUAAUUUAGCCGACCAAACAGGGACUAUUCAAUUAAAAAUUAGCAAAAAUAAGGAGUUUGCUGAAUUAGACAUUGGUGAUAUCAUUGGUAUAAAAGGGAUUAUUUGUAAAACUGAUAAAGGAGAAUUGAGUGUAGAAGUCAAAGAAUUCACUUUAUUAAGUAAAUGUUUAAAGCCUCUUCCCGAUAUUCAUUAUGGAUUUAAUGAUACCGAAGAAAGAUUUCGCAAGCGCUAUUUGGAUUUUACUAUUAACUCUGAAAAAAGAGAUAUUUUAAUUACUCGCCAUAAAGUAAUCCAAAAUAUUCGCCAGUUUUUAGAAAAAAAGGAGUUUAUUGAAAUUGAAACGCCCAUUUUGGUUUCUGAAGCCUCCGGAGCCCAAGCUAAACCUUUUAUUACUCAUCACAAUAAAUUACAUAGAGAUUUUUACUUACGCAUUGCUACCGAAAUACCCUUAAAAAAAUUGCUAGUUGGUGGAUUUGAGAAAGUUUACGAAAUUGGCCGCAUAUUUCGGAAUGAGGGGAUAGAUGCUCGCCAUAAUCCAGAAUUUACUACUAUUGAAGUUUAUCAGGCUUAUGAAAAUGCUGAAUAUAUGAUGAGCUUAACCGAGAAGAUAUUUCAUUAUUUAGCCCAAGAAAUUCUUAAAAAGGAGGAGGUUGAAUUUAAUUCUCAUGUCAUUGGUUUUAAAAACUCUUUCCGUAAACUGUCAAUGGAAGAAGCAAUCAAAGAAUACACGAGUAUAGAUUUCAAAAAAAUAAAUAGUUUAGAAGAAGCCUUAGAAUUAGCCCAAAAACAUAACUUAAAAUUAGAAAAAUUUCAAAAAAGUAUUGGACAUGUUAUUUUGGCCUUCUUUGAAGAACAUGUGGAAAAAAAAUUAAUCCAACCGACUUUUAUUUAUGAUUAUCCGAUAGAAGUUUCGCCGUUAGCAAAGAGUAAAAUCGAUAGCCGAAAUAUUGCGGAUAGAUUUGAAUUAUAUAUUGGAGGAUUAGAAUUUGCUAACGGGUAUAGUGAAUUAAAUGACCCUAUCGAACAAAAAAAAAGAUUUGAAGAACAAACUAAACAAAAAGAAUUAGGUAAUGAAGAAAUUGCUAGUUUUGAUAAAGAGUUUAUUGAAGCGCUAGAAUAUGGCAUGCCACCAGCCGGAGGAUUGGGAAUUGGGAUAGAUAGAUUAAUUAUGCUAUUCGCCAGUCAAAAUAGUAUUAAGGAGGUAAUUGCCUUUCCGCAGUUAAAAAGCAAAAUCUAA